AGUUUCCAAAGCUUCUUUUUUCAUCACAAGUGUUCUUCCUUACUCAUGAUAUAUAUAAAUCUCACUCUCUCUUACCAAUCUAUUCCCUAUAUUCACGCCGCACUCACACUUUCUUCUCUUUCCAAAAGCCAAAACAAAAAUCAUCACAAAACCAAACCAUUGCUUAUCUUUCUCUUUGCUUUGUCUCAAACACAGAAAAACAGAAUUUUUUAGCAUGGUUGGAAUCUGAUGACAAGGAUGACGAAAUCGGUGUCCUCGAUGAGUUGGAAGCUUAUUUAGUUAUGUUCCAAGCUUCUAUCUUUGAAGUUGAUGAACCGAAAUCGGAAUCGGAGGAAGAUUUUAUCUUUGAAGAAGUAGAUGAAGAGUUUUCACUUGAAGCUAGUGAUGUUUUAGAGUUUUCAGUUGAAGCUAGUGAAGUUUUGAGUACAAUUGAAGAUGAGAAAAAGGUGAAGUUGGAUGAAGAAAACAAAGAUGAGAAAGUGGAAAAAGUUGUUGAAUCUAGUAAGGAAGAAAAGGUGUUAGAUGUGAAGAGUUUAGUGACAUUGUUUCAAGAAUAUGCUGAGUUAGAAAAUGUGUCUAGUGAAAAGGAAGAAAAAGAAGUAGUCAAGCCUAUUUUGGAUACUAAGUUCAAUAAAGUUGAAGAAAGUAAAGAAAAAUGGAACAUGAGAAGUGGAUCCAAAGUGAAGGGUAAUAGAGACAUGUAUGAAAGUAAAGUGAAAAGUGGUAAAAGUGAUGAAGAACAUGCUUUUGGUGAAGCAUUGAAGGUGAGAAAAUCUCAAAGAGUGGAUGCAAAUUAUGGUAGUCCACAAAGUAAUUGGGAGUAUAGUGGAAAAGUGGUUGGAAAUAAUGAUGAAGUUGGUUCUAAUCUUGGAAGUUUUGGUUCAAUGAGAGUGGAAAAAGAGUGGAGGAGGACAUUGGCUUGUAAGCUUUUUGAGGAAAGACACAACAAUGGUGAUGGAAGUGAAGGAAUGGAUAUGCUUUGGGAAACAUAUGAGAAGGAAUCAAACAAGGUUAUGAGGAAAAGUGAUGCAAAGAAAGGGAAGAAAUUGAGUGAAGUUGAGUUUAAUGAAGAUGAGGAAGAGGAAGAAGAGGUAGGGGCUAAGUUAUGUUGUUUACAAGCUUUGAAAUUCUCAACAGGGAAGAUGAAUUUGGGAAUGGGAAGGCCUAACCUUGUUAAAUUCUCUAAGGCUUUGAAAGGUAUGGGAUGGUUGCAUAAUGUAGGAAAGAAUGGAAAGAAGAAUAACACCACUAAAUAAUUUUUUUUUUGUGUUUUGUAACUUUUGAUUAGUGUUAGAAGUUGUGUAUUUGUUUGAUGAUCAAUGAGACGUAAAUAUUUUGUAUGUCGAUUAUAUAACGAUGUUUUAGAUGAGAUGUUUCGCAUAAUAUAUGAUUUGGAAAUAUAUUUAUAAGUGUUGA